GAUGAAUUUAGUCUUGCAAUUGCGCGGGAAAUUGAGCGGCAAGCAUACAGGUUACCCGCGUCUGGAAUAUACUUUGGAAUAAGAGUAUAAAAUUGUCGCACGCAAUCUUGUCAACUAUGUCGAGUCCUAUGAGACCGCCGAGGACCCCUGUUCCACAGGAUGAUGACGGUUCGACGAACGGCACGCCGAGGCGGCAGCCUCGGACUCCGACCUCUGUCAGAGCUCCUUCGGUUGCUGGUACACCUAGCACUAUUGGUUCCGCGUCUACGAGACAAGGUACGCCUCAGAGGAGACCAGGCAAUAAUCCGGUAGACACUCCGUUACGAUGGGGCAGCCGUCACGCACAGGAGACCAUUGCGCCAUCAUCAGAGGGUCUUUCCUCUGUGCCAUUGUCUUCUCCGAAUCGAUUGGUACAAACAAGCCCUCUUGCUGCGGGUAUGAGCGAAGUAGAGUUAUCUUCUCCUUUGAAUUAUGGAACACCUAGUUCUUUGGCAUCGGUUCGCACUCCUCGCAGUGGUAUCAGGGGUACACCAGUGCGACAGAGGCCAGAUGUUCAGUCUGACAGACGUAUGCGACAAGUUAAUUUGGCUGAAAUACCAGAAGAACCCAAUGUUCAAAGAACAUCAGAAACUGAAAAUGGUCCGCAGUUAGUUAUCUGGGGUACAAAUGUUGUAGUAGAUCAGUGUAAAGAACAAUUUAAACGAUUUAUUUUACGAUUUAUCGAUCCGGAAGCAGAAAAUGAUGAAUUGCCUGAGAACAUGAAUCUAUCAGAUCCACUUUACUUGCAAAAGCUCGAAGAGAUACAUACACUCGAAGAACCUUACUUGAAUAUAAACUGCGCUCAUCUCGAGGCAUUCGACGAACAGCUUUACAAUCGAUUGAUAUGCUAUCCACAGGAAGUGAUACCAGCUUUCGACAUGACUGCGAAUGAAAUGUUCUUCGAGAGAUACCCUGCGGCGGUAUUGGAGCAUCAAAUUCAAGUACGGCCCUAUAAUGCUACCAGAACCAAAAGCAUGCGUCUCCUGAAUCCUGAAGACAUAGAUCAAUUGAUCACGGUCACUGGUAUGGUUAUUAGAACAUCGAACAUCAUGCCGGAAAUGCGAGAGGCGUUCUUCAAGUGUAUUGUGUGCUCUUUCACGGCGACCGUGGAAAUCGACAGAGGUCACAUAACCGAGCCCACAGUGUGCACACAUUGUAACAACAAUUACUGCUUCAAUUUGAUACACAAUCGCAGUCAUUUCUCCGACAAGCAAAUGAUCAAGCUGCAAGAAUCGCCGGACGAUAUGCCAGCUGGUCAAACCCCUCAUACAGUGGUGCUUUUCGCACAUAAUAAUUUAGUUGACGCUGUCUCACCAGGUGAUAGAGUUUCCGUCACCGGUAUAUAUCGCGCGUUACCGAUACGCGUUAAUCCGCGACAGUCCAAUGUACGCGCUAUCUACAGAACACACGUUGACGUUGUCCACUUCAGAAAACAAGAUUCGAAGCGACUGUAUGAGCAAGAGGAGGGCAAGGAUCACGCAUUUCCACCGGAGAGAGUGGAAUUAUUAAAACUCUUGUCACAAAAGGAAGACGUGUAUGAACGAUUGGCACGGCACAUUGCUCCCAGCAUUUACGAAAACGAAGAUGUAAAGAAGGGAAUAUUGUUGCAAUUAUUCGGCGGGACAAAGAAAGAACAAAGUAAAUCGAGUAAGAAAUAUUUUCGGUCUGAAAUAAAUAUACUUCUGUGUGGAGAUCCAGGUACGAGUAAAUCGCAGCUGUUACAAUUCGUCUUCAAUCUGGUACCGCGCUCGCAGUAUAGCAGCGGAAAAGGUUCCAGCGCUGUCGGCUUAACUGCGUUUGUAACGAAAGAUCCUGAAAGUCGCCAAUUAGUACUGCAAACCGGCGCCUUAGUUCUCGCCGAUAACGGUAUCUGUUGUAUUGACGAGUUCGAUAAAAUGAACGAUAGCACGCGCUCGGUGCUGCACGAAGUUAUGGAGCAACAAACAAUGAGUAUUGCGAAAGCGGGUAUUAUUUGCCAAUUGAAUGCGAGAACGAGUAUUUUGGCAGCAGCCAAUCCUUGCGAGUCGCAAUGGAAUAAAAAUAAAACAGUGAUAGAAAAUGUUAUGUUACCGCAUACACUAAUGUCACGUUUCGAUUUAAUUUUUCUCAUGCUGGAUCCUCAGGACGAGAUAUUUGACAGAAAACUUGCCAGACAUUUGGUAUCACUAUAUUAUAAAUCUGAUCUAGAGGAAGAGGAUGACAUUGUGGACAUGAGCAUUCUACGUGAUUACAUAGCUUAUGCCAAGGAACACGUUCAUCCUGUUCUCAAUGAGGAAAGCCAACAGAGGCUGAUUCAGGCUUACGUCGAUAUGCGUAGAGUAGGAAGCGGUCACGGACAAAUUACAGCCUAUCCGAGGCAAUUGGAGUCGCUGAUAAGACUCGCUGAGGCACACGCUAAGAUGCGAUUUAACAAUGUAGUGGAGAUUGUGGACGUUGAGGAAGCUUGGAGAUUACAUCGAGAAGCGUUGAAGCAAUCGGCUAUUGACCCACUAAGUGGCAAAAUCGAUAUUAGUAUUUUAACGACCGGUAUGUCAUUAGCUGCGAGAAAACGUAGGCAGGAACUGGUGGAGGCGCUGAAGAAGCUCAUUAAAGGCAAAGAUAAGACACCGACGCUAAACUAUCAGAAAAUUUUCACGGAAUUGAAAGAAUCAUCCAGUAUGUUGGUGACGCGUGAAAUGUUUGAAGAUACUCUGAAAGAUUUGCAAGAUAACGGUAUUGUAAUUGUAACUGGCAAAAAUACUAUUCGUGUUUGUUAAACUUAUUUACAAUUUUUGUAUCGCUUUGCUUAGGAUAUUUCUGGACGAUUAAUAGAGAUAUGCAUAUAA